UCAUUCGCUCGCCCUUCGUCCAGGUCAUGCUAAUUUCUUGCACGAUGAAUCUCGAUGAUUAAAAUUCGAUAUUCGGACAGUCGGCUACAUUUUCGUUUCCGAAACCAUGGUCAUACCACCGUUUCUUCGAUGGGUAUCUUCGGUAAUUUUAUGCACCCGCCAAAUGGUCCAGAGAUCCCUUAAAUUCGCGUAGAACGAUAUUUCUGUUUCCCCGAUGUUAUCGAGACACAACGAAGCGAACAUCUAUACCCGUACGGCAUUUCAUGUACGCUCACACUCUUGAAAGAAUUCACAAUUAUAUGGGCAUUCUAUUAUUUGGACUUUUAUUUGUAAUGAACCUCUAUUUUCAUUUUAUGGAAAGCUGUGGAAAGCUUUUUGGGACCGACUACGUAUAUUUUGAAACAUCUUCCACAUCUCCCUACCAAAUAAGAAGGAUAGAAGAAUUAAAUAAGACCGCAAGUGGAAAUGUUGAAGCAAAAGUAAUGUGCUUCUUCAGGCGGAGGGAUUUACCUUCUACUUUAAUAAUGCUUGCUGAUAAACAUCAAUGUAAGUAAAAUCUACCAUGUUCUGUAAAAAAAAUUUCCAUUUUCUUUAUAAUAUUACAAUUCCAGUUGUCAGAGGUACAUUGGCAUUGUUCAUUUCAAUAACCAACAAAAACUUAAUAAGAUUUCUUUAACUUUUUAAUUGAAUGGCAUCACUUAGUUCACUUAAAUCAGGAAAAUAUUUGAAAAAAAUGCGUUAACUAUUUUCAAUUAUGUUCACACAGUUGUAUAGUAACAUUCAUACAAUGAACAUAAUAAUUGUGGAUUUUUAUGCAUUUAUAAUAUACAUACAUAUUAUGCAGUCAAAAUGUAUAAUAAUGUUAAAAAAAAAAGGUUUUGUGUUAUUUGAAACUUAAUAGUAUCUUUCAUGGCUUAAAUGAAUUUCUGAUUGAUCUUGAUUUCUGUGGAAUAAUUUAUAAAAAUUUAUAAAUCGUAUAAACAUCCACAGUAUAAUAAUGAAAGUACGAGAGCAAUAUAAUUUAUGUUGCUUCACGCUGUCCUACGGAUCGAUAGUCAUCCCCGAAUGAAGAAAAUUGAAACAGUUCUCUCGCGCGCGCCAUAUAAGAUCAUUUCAAUGGUUCGCGGUUGAAUUUCUUACUAA